AUGGUCAAUGAAAAGGCAAUUCAUGCUGGUGGCAUUGUCACCGGUUUAUCGGCAAAUAGCGGCGCUGUAGCAUGUGGUGGUCUCUUAUGUCGUCCUCUGACCGGACUCUAUACACGUGAUCCACUACCCGAAGAUGCAUAUAUACAUGUGGCCAUAAUUCCAGCUGGAGCUUCGAAUAUUUCUAUAACUGAAUUGAAGAAUAGCAUGAAUUUGUUGGUGCUACGUACUGAAGAUCAGAAAUAUGUUUUCAAUGGCGAUAACACAAUGUCGGAAAGUGGUGUAUACGAGGCUGCUGGUGCCGUCUUCGAUUAUCAUCGUUUGGAUAGUUUACAGGAACAAAGUGAAGGUGUUACCGAAUGGGUAACGUGUACCGGCCCCAUUCGAGAGAGUUUGGAAUUGAUGAUCUACAGUAAAACCGUUAACCCUGGUAUUAAAUACGAAUACCUGCUACCGAUUACUUCCGACUCCGAAGAAAAUGAGGUGUCCGUGGAAACUGAUGGCUUUUUGAAGUCGGCCAAUGAUGAAGCCAUUAUCACGGCCAAUCGUCCGGUGCGUAAACGUCGUUAUAACUGGAAAGUUGUAGGCUUCAGCGCUUGCUCAAAGUCCUGCGGAGGAGGUAUGCAAUCACCGAUUGUAAAAUGUGUGCGCGAAAAUCCCUUGCGUUAUUAUUCACAGCGUAGAUGUGCCCAUUCCGAGAAGCCCAUCAUAAAUGAAAAUCUCCUGAGAUGUAACACGCAACCCUGCCCCGCUUUUUGGCGUCUAGAAGAUUGGGGAGAAUGUCGCUGCCAUCAUGGAGAGGCUGGAGUGAGGGAACGAGAGAUUAAUUGUGUUCAAGAAUUGGCAUCCGGCGUUGUGGUACAUGUUGAUGCCGCCGCUUGUAUGGAAGAGAAGCCAGUGGCUAAGAAACCCUGUGAUUGUCCCAAGAAUAGACAUCGUAGCAAUAAUGCUCGUUAUCGCAUGCAUGGUCUCAGCCCCAAUGCGGCUCACUCGAAUAAUAAAACGAAUCGUGAUAAGGCUGGCAUAUGGCUAAUGUCCGAUUGGAAUCAAUAUUGUUCGUCGGAAUGUGGUCCAGGCACAGAAUAUCGUACCGUCUAUUGUGAUCGUACUAAAUCGAAUCCGGAAAGAUGUGAUAUAAGAAAUGCUCCGGAGACAACAAGGAUAUGUGAUCGUGAGGAAUCAUGUGAUACGGGAGAAUGGUUUGCCGGGCCAUGGUCACCCUGCAAUGGUAACUGUUUCAAUUUGACCCGUAGUCGACAGGUUUUGUGUAUUGAAAAUCAAUUGAUUUUGGAGGAUGAUGAAUGUAAGCCGGAAUUGAAACCCACCACGGUGGAGAAAUGUUCCCACGAAGAGGUGGAAUAUUGUGGACCCAGAUGGCAUUAUUCGGAGUGGUCGGAGUGUACCAAAACCUGUGAUGGCGGCACCCAAAGACGUUCGGUGAAAUGUUUGGAAUACAAUGAACAGGAAAAUGCCCUGAAGGAGUCCAAUAAAUGCCGUUAUUCCAUUCGGGAGCCAAUAUAUAGGAGCUGUAAUACCCACAAAUGUGAAGAUCUCCGCUAUGAACAAUUGCAGAAUGAUGAUGCCAUUGUCCUGCCCUGCACCGAUGUCUUUACCAACUGUGCGUGGGCCGUCAAGGCCAAGCUAUGCAGCUAUGAGUAUUAUAAGCAAAAAUGUUGUUAUUCUUGUAAUUAAGU